AUUUGAACUUGAGACUUCCUGAGACUUAAAAGAUGUUUUUGGCUUGAACAUGAAAUUUGGCAGCUCCAUGAAAUUUGGACCCCUGGUCAAUGCAAGUCUCCCAGGCUAAGGAAGGAAACGCCCCAGCACUGCAGAUAAAUUGGCAGGGUGUGGCAUUUUCCCCACUUGGUAGCAGCCCUUCUCUGAGGGCACAGGCAUUUUCCUCUGCCUCCCUGGUGUUGCCUGUUUCUAGCCUGCACAGCAUCGCGUGCCUGCAGGGCUCAAUCUCCUGUUGAAUUGGAGGAGGAGACCUCGCGGGUCCUGGAGGUGAGGGCAGAAUCUGCAGACUGGUGACUGCUCCCGUGUGGUCUGUCAUCACCAGCAGAAAGCAGGCGGGGAAGCUUGAAGGAGGAGUGAAGCCUUUGAAGUGGGAAGCACGAAGCAAAGAGCGGGAGCUGGUGCUCCUUACCUGCUGGACAGCCCACGGGAGCUCAGAGGAGGUGAACUUGGCUAUCUUUCCCAUCUUUUUGGCCUUCCUUCAUGACCUGGUAAAAUCCAAGGUAACCAGAAGAUGUGUAUACCUGUUGCAUGCGUUAAAGAAGAGUGUAGAUUGGCGUCCUAGGCGCCUCCUCACUCCACGUUGCUUGUGCCCGCCUUGCUUUUGAUUGUCCCGAACGGAGAACUGAAGGAAGGGCGGAAACUGCCUUGCUCCAGGCCCUUGAAGCCUCCGUUUGGCCAUCCCGCGAGCCAGAUCCCGAAGAAUGUUAACCUUCUGUCCUCCUGAGUGACUCCUGUGAAAAGACAGAAAACCCCCCAUGGCCGAGAAGGGAGCGUCACGCGGUGCCUGGGGAGGUGCCCAGCGCCGGCCCUGGCUGCUAACCCGGAGGCGCCGCGGGGCCGUGGGGCGCACGCCGCAGGAUGAAAUCAUGCACCAGGACAUCGUUCCGCUCUGUGCUGCUGACAUUAAAGACCAGCUGAAGAAGCGAUUUGCUUACCUGUCUGGUGGCCGGGGGCAGGAUGGAUGCCCAGUCAUCACAUUUCCAGAUUACCCAGCUUUCAGUGACAUCCCAGACAAGGAGUUCCAGAAUGUCAUGACCUAUCUCACCGGCAUCCCCAGUUUACAAGAUGCUGGAAUUGGAUUUAUCCUUGUCAUAGACCGAAGGCAAGACAAAUGGACCUCAGUGAAGGCUUCUGUCCUGCGGAUAGCAGCAUCUUUCCCAGCAAACCUACAGCUCAUCCUUGUUCUACGCCCAACAGGAUUUUUCCAACGGACUCUCUCCGACAUCGCUUUCAAAUUCAAUAGAGAUGACUUUAAAAUGAAGGUACCGAUCAUAAUGCUGAGCUCAGUACCUGAAUUACAUGGUUACAUUGAUAAAUCACAACUGACUGAGGAUCUUGGAGGAACCCUGGAUUAUUGCCACACCAGGUGGCUGUGUCACCGCACAGCUAUCGAAAGUUUCGCCCUCAUGGUUAAGCAGACAGCUCAGAUGCUUCAGUCCUUCGGGACCGAACUGGCCGAAACAGAAUUACCCAAUGACGUCCCAUCCACGAGCUCGGUGCUGUCAGCACACACGGAGAAGAAGGGCAAGAUGAAGGAGGAUUUGAAAUUAGCGCUGAAAGAAGGACACACCCUCCUGGAGAGCAUCCGGGAGCCGCUGGUCAGGAACCCAGAGCACAGCCUGAAUCAGGAUCAGCUGGACAAUCAGACCACGGUGCAGAGGCUCCUGGCCCAGCUGAAUGAAACCGAGGCUGCUUUUGAUGACUUUUGGGCCAAGCAUCAGCAGAAACUCGAGCAGUGUCUGCAGCUCCGGCACUUUGAGCAGAAUUUUCGGGAGGUGAAAGCUGCCUUAGACGCUGUGUCCCAGAAGAUAUCGGCCUUCACGGACAUCGGCAACAGCCUUGCCCAUGUGGAACAUCUCCUAAAGGACCUUGCUAGCUUUGAAGAAAAAUCCAGUGUGUCCGUGGAAAGGGCCCGAGCCCUGUCCCUGGAGGGCAACCAGCUUAUUGAGAACAAGCAUUAUGCAGUGGACUCGAUUCACCCCAAGUGCAACGAGCUCCAGCACCUCUGUGACCAGUUCGUUGCUGAAAUCGGGAAGAGGAGAAAUCUGCUCAACAAGUCCCUGGAGCUGCACGGCCUCUUAGAGACGUCUAUGAAAUGGUGUGAUGAGGGGAUUUACCUGCUGGCUUCGCAGCCUGUGGACAAAUGUCAGUCCCAGGAUGGCGCCGAGGCGGCCCUUCAGGAAAUUGAGAGGUUUUUGGAAACUGGUGCAGAGAAUAAAAUCCAGGAACUAAGUAAAAUUUAUAAGGACUAUGAAUCCAUCCUCAACCAAGACCUAAUGGAACAUGUGCAAAAGGUCUUUCAGAAGCAGGAGAGCAUGGAAGAGAUGUUUCAUCGGAGACAGGUGAGCCUGAAGAAGCUGGCAGCCAAGCAGACGCGGCCAGUACAGCCCGUGGCCCCAAGACCAGAAGCGUUCACAAAGUCUCCCUGUCCCUCUCCAGGCAUCCGGAGAGGUUCUGAGAACUCUUCCAGUUCUGAAGGCAAUGCACUCCGGCGAGGGAACUACCGGCGAGCCAAGAGUGAAAUGAAUGAGAACCAACAGGUCAGAAGUGGCUCCACAGGGGAUGAAGAAGAAAGCCUGGCCAUCUUACGAAGGCACGUGAUGAACGAGCUCCUUGAAACGGAGCGAGUGUACGUAGAAGAGCUGCUGUGCGUCCUCGAGGGCUAUGCCGCUGAGAUGGAUAAUCCUUUAAUGACGCAUCUCAUCUCAUCAAGCCUUCAAAAUAAGAAGGAUAUUUUAUUUGGAAAUAUGGAAGAAAUUUAUCACUUUCAUAACAGAAUAUUCCUGAGAGAACUAGAAAACUACAUAGACUGCCCAGAACUGGUUGGAAGGUGUUUUCUAGAAAGGAUGGAAGAGUUUCAGAUUUACGAGAAGUAUUGCCAAAACAAACCCCGAUCAGAGAGCCUCUGGAGACAGUGCUCCGACUGUCCAUUUUUUCAGGAAUGCCAGAAGAAACUGGACCACAAGCUGAGUUUGGAUUCUUACCUACUAAAGCCUGUUCAGAGAAUAACCAAAUAUCAGUUAUUGCUCAAGGAAAUGUUGAAAUACAGCAAAAACUGUGAAGGGGCUGAGGACCUGCAGGAGGCACUCAGUUCCAUCCUGGGCAUCCUCAAGGCUGUCAACGAUUCCAUGCACCUGAUCGCCAUCACGGGCUACGAUGGGAACUUGAAUGACUUGGGAAAGCUGCUGAUGCAGGGCUCCUUCAGCGUCUGGACGGAUCAUAAGAAGGGCCACACCAAGGUGAAGGACCUGGCCAGGUUUAAGCCGAUGCAGCGGCACCUGUUUCUGCACGAGAAGGCCGUGCUGUUCUGUAAGAAGAGGGAGGAAAACGGGGAGGGCUAUGAGAAAGCCCCUUCCUACAGUUACAAGCAGUCCUUAAAUAUGACAGCUGUUGGCAUAACGGAGAAUGUGAAAGGUGACGCGAAGAAAUUUGAAAUCUGGUACAACGCAAGGGAAGAAGUUUACAUCAUACAGGCACCAACUCCUGAAAUUAAAGCAGCGUGGGUGAAUGAAAUCCGCAAAGUGCUGACCAGUCAGCUGCAGGCUUGUAGAGAAGCCAGUCAGCAUAGAGCCUUGGAGCAGUCCCAGAGUUUGCCUCUGCCUGCAUCAUCUAAUACAAGUCCCUCGAAGGGGAAUACAAGAAACAGCAAAAAGUUGGAAGAAAGAAAAACUGACCCCCUAAGCCUGGAAGGCUACGUGAGCUCCACGUCAUUGCCAAAGCCCCCGGAGAAGGGCAAAGAUGACACAGUUACUAGCUCUACCUCAGAAAGUUCUGCGCUUUCCAAAAAGCGCUUCACCCUGCAGGGCUUUGCUAACCUCAAAGGUCAGAAAGCUUCUCCUACCAGUCCUGACAAAAAAGCUAAGCGACAUGAAGUAAAGAGUGAUCCAACUCCUUUUGGUUUAAGAGGUUGGAGCAAAACUUCUCACUCACUGGAGGCCUCUGAAGACAACGACGGCUGGUCAAGUGCAGAGGAGCUGAUUAAUUCCUCUGAUGCCGAGGAAGAAGGUGGAGCAGGCCCCAAGAAACUGGCUCCCGGAAAAUACACAGCUGUGGCAGACCACGAAAAAGGAAGCCCGGAUGGUUUCGCGGUGAAAAGCGGGGACAUGGUGGAGGUGAUCCACGAGGGCGACGAGGGGCUUUGGUAUGUUAGGAACCUGGCCACCAGUCAGGAGGCGUGGGUGCCGGCCCGCAGCCUGUCCACGCUCAUCGGCAAGUCCAGGUCAGCUCAGUGUCUGAGCAGCUCAGAGUCGGGCUCGGGCUCCGCCCUCUUGAGCAACUCCUCCAGCUGCAGCGAAAGUUGCAAUGUCACCUUCUCAGACCUGAAGGGAUAGGGGCCGAGGCCGGGCUUGGCAUCCUGCAUGAAGGACUCUUGAGCGGACUUCUGAAGCCGAAGGGCAUUAGACCAGCAUGCGAAUCCCUAAGUUUUCUUUUGCUUGGGCUUGCGUAGUUUGGUGAGGGAACAGUGCUUUUACGAAAACUCCUGAAAAGAGAGGACCCUGGAAAGAUCAGAACCAACAGCUGCCUGGCUAUGUACAGAACCUCGAGACGCAGGAAAGCAGGGAAGCAUUCGGAAGGGAAAGGUUCUAGAAGAUUCCGCUCUCCAGCCUUGAUGCCAUAGCUCCUUUCCAGGGGCAGGGAGAGCACACCCACAGGACACCAAAGCUUCCUUGGAAAAACCGGGAUGAGGCAGUGGAGAAGGCUGCAGGGAAACAGACGGCUUGUUCAGAAGGAGGCGCAGGGGGCUGAGAACAGACAGAGACCCUCCUCCCACCAGACAUCCCCUUCUGGACCCUUCCAGGCAGUUGCCGUAUGUGUGUCACUAAGCAGCCAGGAAUGAGGCUUUUGCUCCAGACAUUAGCUUUAGUUUUCUGAUAUUUCUGGUGUGGUGCUUUCUGCAGGGAUAUGCAUACUUUCGAAGCCGUUUCCAAAAGAAGUGAACAAUUCACUGACCCUUAACAGCUGGAGGAGA